AUGUCGGAUCCAGGAAGAAAAUCAUUUACGGACAAGGCCACCGAGGCUGUGACUCCAGAUUCCCAGAAAAGCGGAUUCCAAAAGGCAAAAGAGACUGUUACAAAUGAGGCAGACAAGAUUGCCGCCAAAUUCAACCCCGACAAGAAGAAAUCAGGACUGCAGAAUUUCGCAGAUAACGCUCAAAAGAAGUUAGAUGACACAAAGGAUCAAAUACAGAAGGAUAACGACGCUGCCAAGAGCGGCUUUGAGGCUAAGAAGGACGGAAUACAGAAAAAAAACGAGGCUGCCAAGAGUGACUUGGAAACCAAGAACCAGGACUGGAAGAAGUCAAUCGAAGCUCAGGGAAAGAAGUUUUCAGAAACCGCGGGCGAGUAUGUGGAAGCUGGAAAGAAGGCUGUGAAUAAUGCUUCUGAGUACAUACAAGGUGUUGUUGGAGGUGCAAAGAAAGGUGGUGAAAAGGGAGCUGAAGAAGCAGCCAAUAAAUGA